AUGAGAUUUUAAUUUUAAUUUAUUAUAGGCAUAAGUCUUUUAUUUUAACUUAUUGUGAGUAACUCAAGAAAAUGUGAAAUAGUUGAGAUCGAAUCAAAUCAAAAGUUUAUUUCUAAAUAAAUAAAUGUUUUAUUAAUUGAAAGUGAUCAAGAUGAAUUGCAAGAUUUUAAUAACAAUAAUUACAACAUUGUUGAAGAAUCAUUAAAAAUUUCUAAUUAUGUAGAUGAUAAUCUAAUUUCAACUUAAAUUAUUGAACAUUUAGGUUUUGAUUAACUUCUCUGUAAAUUCAUUAAAUCUUAAAUCUAUGUUAUCUCUUGCAUUAAAAUAUCUAAUUUUUAUAAAAGGUAAUCACUUAAUUUUAAAGACUAAAUUAUACUAACAUUAGAACUUAGCAAUUUAGAUGGUUCUAUGUGUAAUGAAUUUUUUUUUAAUCAAUAAUCUUAAUUUCAAAUUUUUUGUUUAAAUAAUUCCUAUAUAAACAUUUACAGUGUAGAUUUAGAACAUAUAAUAAAAUUAGAGUUAUAGUAUAAAAUAGAUUAAAGGUAAUAUGAACUGUGUAAAAUAAAAUAUUUUAAAUUAGAAGAUAAUCAUUAUUUAAUAUCUUUUUUUCAAUGCAAAAAUUGGGGUGUAUAUUCUUACAUUAAUUAAGAUUUUAAGAUUUUUUUGAAUUAUGAAUUAGUUUUAAAUGAGAAUGCAAUAUAAAUUUCAUAUUUAGAAAAUAUUAAAAUAUGUUAAACAACCCUUUUUUUAAUUGUUGAGAAUGGAAAUUAUCAUUUUUUAAUUAAUAAAUAGAAUCAAGCUAAAUUUUAAAUAUUCAUUUCCAUUUCUUAAAAUUUAAAAAAAAUUUUACUAUCAUGGAAUUGUUUAUAUUUAUAUGAAGUUGAAUAUAAUUCAUUAAUCAAUAAAACUAAAAUUUUUAAUAGAGGAUAUUCAUUUUAAUAUUCUUUGAAUGGUCAACCUAUUUAUGUACAAACACUAUAAAACAUUCUCUUUGUCAAAACUCAAAAUGAACUUCAAAUAAUUUAUAAUUAAAAAAUCAAAUAAUCAAUUAAAACAAAUUCCUCAUAUUUUGUUUUUAAUGAUAAGUAUAAUUUGAUAUUUUAGCUUGAUUAAAUAAGUAAUUACAUAGUAUUUUAUAAAUUCUCAUACCCCAGAAAUUUAAUAUAACCAACCUAAAAAUAUAUUUUUUAUAUUUAAACUUCACCAUUUUUCAAUUAAAAAAUAAAACAUUGUAGCGAGUUUAAAUAUAUUACAUAAACUAAUUCUAAUAAUAUAACUUUAAAAAUUAUUAAUAGUUGCUAAAAAACCUCAUAAUUAUUAUUGAACAAACAAGAUUUGAAUUUACCAUAUUAAUAUUUGAUAAAGUUAGAAUAAAAAUAUGAAUUUAGAAUCAAUAUAUAAGAUUAAUAUUCCUUUUUUUAAAUUUGUCCCAUUAAAAGUAUUUAUAAAUAGGACUCAAUUUUGGAAUAUUAUUAAACCAAAAUUAAUAAUAAAAGUUUUUCAUUUGUAAAAACAAAAGAAUACAUAUACAUUUAAAAUUGUGAUGAUAUGCCUUAAUUUAAAAUUUCUACCAAAGAAUGUGCAGUAUUUUUUUAUUAAAGUUAAGUUCUUUUAUGGUAUUAGAAUAAAAAUCUGCUUAAGCUUAUAAAUUUCUAAUACGAAAAAAAAUUAGAAAUUAAAUUUGAUAGCAGAAUUACAAAUAUUAUUCAAUUCUAAAUGAUUGUAAUAGUUUUCACAUCAAAUAAUAAAGAUCCUUAAUUAAUUGAUAUGAUAACUUAAAUUAAAAUAACAUUGAAAUCUAAAGUUUAUAAAAUUUUGAAUAAAUUAAAUGAAAUCUAUCUUUAAGAUAAGAAAAAAUAUGAAAAUGAAAUAAUUUAAUUUUUUUAUUUCUCAUAAGCAACACCAUAAUUUAUUUAGUAUCUCCAAUAUUUUAUUUUUGAAAUUCAUACAAAAAUUAUUUAUACUAGGCUUGAUAAUAUUUAAAUUGUUUUUAUAAAAGAAAUGAUGAGCAAAUAAUUUUAUAUUUUGGGAAUACAUCAAACAAAUAAUUAAAUAAUUGAUCAUUAUUUUGAUUUUGUGUAAAUUGAAAUUUUAUAUAAAGUAAAUUUAGAUGAUUAUAACUUAAUUAAACCUUUAUAAUAUUAAAUUGCUACUAAACAUAUAGCCAUUGCCUGUCAAAAAGAAAAUAAAAUAUUUGCUUUAAUAUUUGAAAUAAGAAUUAUAAAACCUUUAAAAUUGCUAAAAAUUAUUCAAAUUAGUAAGAAUAAUUUUUUUUUUAGCGAAGAAAACUUUUUUUAUUAUGAUUCUUUCGGUGAAAUCAUCAUUAUAAAUAUAUUAAAUUUUGAUAUUUAACUAGAAAAUCCUGUUCCAUAACAAAGUGAUCAUGUCACUAACACUGAAAUCUCAUUCUAAAUUAUUUCUACUAUUUAGACAGAGCCAGUUGUAAAUUUAAGAUUCUAAUUAAAAUUCUAUAAUGAGUGUUUUGGAUUAUUUCAAAAAAGUGAUCAUUUUUAACUGAAUUAAUCAACAAAUAAUUAACCAAAAAUUUUAAUAUCCAAUUAUUUUUUUGGUCCAAUUGAUUAAAUAAAGAUUGUAGAUAAUGAUAAGACUCAAAUUUAUGGUCCAUUAUUACUAUCAGAUGAUAAAAAUGACUUAAAAGAAAUUAUGAUAGAGAAUAUCAACUUUCCCUAGAAAUUUCAUUAUCUUUAAACUUAACCAAAAAAACUAAUUUUUUACUAUAACAGUUAAUAUAGUUUAAUUUUUAAUUAAUACAAAGAAGUAUUUUUUAAUGUAAUAUUUCUUGAUGAAGAACGAAUAUUGUUUUUAUUUUUUUCAGAAGUAGAAAAUGAAUUGAUAGGAAUGAUUUAUUAGAUUAAAAAGGAUAGCUUAAAUCUAAUUAUAGAACCUAUUUUUGUGACAAAUAUAACUUUAAAUAGCAAUUAUGAUUAAUAUCAAGUAAUUAAGACAGGCAAUCUAAUUGUAUUUAAAUCUGAAAUCCCUUUAAUAAUAUAUUAGAAUUUUAAUUCAAGCAUUAAAUUAAUAGAGAACCAUUUGAAUAUUCUUGACAUCUUUAAAAUACAAGGUUAUAAUAAUUUAUAUAUAUCUAUAUCCAGAGUGAAUUCUGAAGGAGAUUUUUUAUUCAAUAUUCUUUAUUCUAACUAAUUUGAAUUAAUUGUUAAUAAAACUGCAAUACUUUAUUGGGAUUAAAUUCUAAUUGAAUUAACAAAAUUUAUUGAUAUUGAUAACUAUAGAUCUUUAAAUUAUUAGAACAAAAGUAAUAUUUUGGAGUGCAAUAUCGAAGAAUAAAUUGCAAAAAUAGUAAUUAUUCAGACUUUUAGAUAAUACUCUGUUUUAAGUGACAUUCUUUUUUAUUUGAACAAUUAUUCUAUUUAGUAUAUCCCAUAAAAGUUUUUAAGAAAUGAUAUCGAUGAAGAGAUUGUUACUUUGGAGUUAUAUAAUCAAAAUAUUCUAUUUUUAAAAUCGUUUUCAAAUUCUAUUUACUUUUAUGAUUUGAAUUAGGAUUCUAAAAUUUAUGAUUAUAUCGGAAGAUAAGACUAAAAUAAUUAUUCUUAUUAUUAAUUGAAUACUACCCAUUUCUUUAUAUUUUAGAGAAAUACAGACAAGGAUUUAAUAUUUAUAGGAGAAAUUGGGUAUAAAAUUGAUGUAAAAAAUAAAACUUUAGGAGAUAAAACAUUUACAUUAGUUGCUGAAAAUAAAGUAUCAUAAGCUCAAUGUAAUAUAACCAUGAUAAAUAAUGAUGAUCAGAAAGAAAACUAUAUAGUUUUCAAAUAAAUAAUGAUAAUAUUUGGAGGGAUUAUUGUUUUUUAUUUUAUAAUCAGAAGAAUGUAAUUAAAGCGUAAGCAACUAAAUAAUUUAAAACAGAGUAGAGCCUAUUUCAGUGAUUCUUAAGAAGAAUCAUAAAAUAAUGAAUGA